AUGCAAUAAUAACAAAUAUAAAAACAGAAUUAAGCCGCAUUAAAUUAAGAACAAGAACUCAAACUCAAACAACAACAAUAAGAAAUCCUGAGCAACAUGUACUAAAUAAAUCAAUAAUCUGCCAAUUCACUCGUGACUCUUCACAAUCAAGGCGAAAAAAUUGAUCAAUUUGAACAAAACUUAGAUCAAAAUCAAUAGAAAUUACAUAAGAUCGAUUACAUUUUGGAUGUCAUCAAAUCUCCCUGGGGCUAAUUUAAAGCACUCUUCACUAAACCUAAAGAAGAGAAGGUCGAAGAUAAAAAGAAAGAUGAUUAAAAACAACAAAUACAAUAACCACCCUAAAGGUAGGUCGAUGAUAUCUAUGAUGAGAUGAUUAAUUAAACAAAUUAAAUGAAAUACUAAUAGCUCUUAACAAAUCAAGCCAUAACUAAUCAGAAUACCUAAUUAGAUAGAAUAAACUAAAAGGCUGACAAGCAAACUGUCUAAAUGUCCAAGUAGAAUGAAAAAACAAAAAAAAUCAUUAAAUGA